AUGCCUCAGGCUCUAACUCCAGCCCCGGGCGCGGCCAGCCCUCGCUUCCCCAGGGUAGGACUCAGCUCAGGUCCACGCAACCAGCCGAGUGAGGCCGCAUCGGGCCGUCUCGGCCCGCCCGUCCGCAGCAGCCCCUGGACCCCCGCCAGCGGGGAUGGGCGUGGGCCCCGGCGGCCACCGCCCCGACAACUCCGGCUCGGGAGGAGGCACUGUGCCCCACCCGCUACGCCAGCCCCGGACUUACCUGUAGGGGAAAGCGGGGUUCCUGGACAGCGGCCACGAGCCCGAGGGCGGGCGCCGAGGCGGCCGGAACCCGUCCCAGGGACCCAAAGUAUCCGCGGUGAGGCAGGGCGUGGAGAGACGCCGGCGGACUGCCGCGGGUCAGCACGGCCCGUCGCGGGGGUCGCUGGGACCUGGCUCUCCCUUAGCACCGAAGGAUUAUAUAACUGGAGAAUUACACUGCCCCCAGAAUCUUGCCACGUCUGUCACCAAUCCAUGGAACUUCUUAAACUCUCCAAUUCUAAGCCUAAAGUUAGGGGCCAACUUGGAUGCUUGGAUGACUGUAAGAACAGGGGCAGCACACGUGGAAGAAGUCUGGAGAGCAACGUGGUCCUGGGAACAUAACCCCUCCCAGGAAUUCCAUACAAUCUUAGGGGAAGGUGCUACACUAUGAACACCCAUACUUAAGGAGAGAAUUGAGUUCCACCUAUAGGGUGGAGGAUCUACAUAAAUUACUUGGAAUUCUGAGAUUUUUCUCUUCCCCAUUUAUUUAUUCAAACAUUCAUUUAUAUCAAUAUAAACUUAUGGAUAUUUAUUUUAUAGCUUAAGUAUUUUAUUUUGUUGAACAGUUUGUUCCAGCUGUGGCUAUUGGGAGCUCUUCAGUUGGCUUGUUUCCCUGUGACAUACUCUCUUUGAAGCAGGUAAUAGAGGAACACAGGCAGAAAAGAGUUCAGGGCUCCUGUGAGUUUUAAGGCCCUUGUAAGUUUCAAAAAAAGCUCCAAUUAAACUCAGCCAUUCAAAAACUUAGACCAAAGCUCUGAUUGGUUAUGCCCUGUGCAUAGGAAACACUGUACUUUCAGCCAGUCAGGAGUGGGUUGUGAUGUCAUCAGUUCAGUUCUCUACUUGGUGGGACUUCCUCCCCUCAGAAGGCAAUGUAAACCCCAGACCCCACAUUCCCUUGGAGCCCUUUCCUGAGUAUUAGGAGCUUUCUCUUUCCACUCAUUAGUAAGAGCUUUGCUGUUUGCUCUGACUAUUGUCUGCUGGCUUCAUUCUUCAUCAGUGGCCUCUGAGACACUAUCCUGGGGAAAAAAGCAGCAGCGUUCUCAGCCACUGAUAACUUUUGGGGGCUCGUUGGGAAUAUGCUUUGAAAGAUGGGUAAGUCAGAAUCUAAGGCCAUUUUGGUUACUACUACUCUGGGAUACAUCAAGAAGUGGAACACCUUUGACCUCCAAACCUUGAAGAAGAAGCAUAUGAUCUUCUGCACCUGUGCCUGGCCCAGCUACCAGCUGGAGAUGGAGAAAAAUGGUCACCUGAGGAAAGUAUUGAUUACAAUACUGCUUCACAACUAGACUUCCUGAGACAGAAGAAAUUAAUCUUCCACAAUACAGCCUGGCCCCUAAAUAGCAUUCUGAACUACUUGCCCUUAAGGUAUAUAUAAAAGCUGAGAUAACUUUCAAUCAGAUGAACUACAAAGAAAAGAAGCUGAUUUCCUUCUGUAAUGCCACUUGGUCUUAAUACAAACUGCCAAGCAGAGAAAAAUAGCCCCAAAAUGAGACCCUUAAUUACAACACCAUUUUGCAAUUGGAUAUUAGUAACUAGAAAAUCUUAUUAGUUUCUCUGUAUGUUUUUAUAUAUUACCCCCUGGAUAGUAUUGCUAAGCUUGUUUUGUGGCCAGUUAAGGCUGGAGGGAAAUGUGGGUUAAAACUCUAUUUUGAAGUUGAGUCCUAGCAAAUUGCUGCCAAUCCUCAUGAGAAUUACAGCCUAAAAUAACUGUGGCCAUUAUGUCUCAUAUAGACUAUAUAUGUGUAAAUGGAAGACAUUUUUCUACCUCUGGAUGUAUUGCUAAAAAAUGGUUUAAAGACAAGCACUUGUCAAAGUUGGACAUUCCAAAACUUUCAGAAAUUCUGUUAGUAAAUGUUCAGCAUUGAUGCUAAUUUAAGUUUAACUAAAACAGACAUGUCUUUAUGGUUAUCAACUGCCUAGGUUUACUUAGUCAUUGAAGUUAAUGUUAUUUGUUAGAUCUGUCAAAAAAAGAGGCUUGACUUUGAUGUUUAAUGAAGGCUUUGUGGGUAGUCUAGCAUGGUUGUUAAUAACAAAUGAACUAAGUAAGUGCAGAAAAUAAACUUUUUAAUAAUAAUGUGUGACAAUAGGUAUACCAAAAAACAGCUUGAAAAUCCUUUGUGGUAACCUGAAACCUUAAAGUUCUGCUAAGUAAUGAAUGCCAGUGUAACAGUUUACAAUUGCUUCUUAAUUUUCAUUGAGAAUUGGUGUUUCUAAGGGUUUUAAGUUCUAAUUAAGACUGCUUGAAAUAGUGAGGGAGACAUCUCUCUCUGCAUGCUAGAAAAGAUGUGUGUUUUGGUAGAGGAAGGAGUGAGGAACGGAAAUGCAUUUUUAUUGAGGGACAAGAAGGUAAUUUUGUCUUAAAGUGAAGCUCAUGAUUUAAAGAGGAAAAACUAUAUAAAGUUGUAAAAGGCAUGUGGAAGUAAAUAAAUAAAAUUUAAUAUCAA